AUGCCUCUCCUCCCACGCAUCAACCCGGAUGCAGCCGCAACGCCUCAGUCCAAGAGAGCGACGCUCAAGGCCUUUUUGCGGAAAUGGUUAAAAGUAAACUACCAAGAUCUUCUUUGCAUGGCCUUUGUUGGUGCUCUUGCCUACGGCAUCUACCACUCUCCCGUCAUCAUCACACGAACAUUCCCCAUCACUUUCGAUGCGACGUCCGGCGAUAUCGUCUACCCCCAGUGGGCCUACCCUGAUCGCGGUUGGAUUCUUCCCGCCUGGCUCUCUGGACUGAUCUCUAUUGCGAUACCCAUCAUUACCUACAUCGUCGCUCAGAUUCAGAUCAAGUCGGUUUGGGAUGCGAGUAAUGCUAUAAUCGGGACUGUUUGGUCCGUAACACUGGCGUCCCUCUUCCAGGUUACUCUCAAACAACUCGUGGGCGGUUUCCGACCUUACUUUCUUGAUGUUUGCAUGCCCGACAUCUCGCUCGCAAAGACGCACAACAAAACCGGCCUGAAUGGAGUUGGCUUCUACCAGAUCAUGUACACCACAGAAAUCUGCACACAGCCUGAUCAGUCGAGGAUCCAAAACGCCAUCACUUCGUUUCCGAGCGGACAUACUACUGCUGCAUUCGCUGGAUUCGGAUUCCUCUUCUUGUGGCUUAAUGCUAAGCUCAAGGUCUGGGCAGAUCACAAGCCCGCCUUCUGGAAACUGUCCCUCACGUUCGUCCCCGUCUUGGCGGCAGUCCUCAUCGCUGGCUCUCUCACCAUCGACGCUGCGCACAACUGGUACGAUAUCUUGGGAGGAGGCUUCAUCGGUACGAUCAUGGCAUUUGCGAGCUACCGGUCGACAUAUGCUUCAGUUUGGGACUGGCGCUUCAACCAUCUCCCACUUCAAGAGACGGAAUCUUUCCGGUAUGGCUUCGACGGAGACUUGGACUAUGCGGCACAAACAUUAUCCUUGGCUGCUGGAUGGGGAGGCAAGAAGGUUAGGUUACCUGAAAGUUCAAGCGGUCCUGCUAUCAGCACCGAGUCUACCCUUCGCAGUGGCGCUGAGGAGAUAGAGAACUUGGAUGCAAACACUAGGAGGAAGCGAAGGGGACCUGUGGGUGAAGAGGCUGUUUAG